CAUCCCUUCCCUAUCCUCACACUGACAUCAUGCAUGACAAUGACAAGUUUGUCAACACUAGAAGACUGCUGCUAGUCCAGACGUGUGCAUAUGUCCCAUACCUGACUGAACAUGCACUCUAGUACCUAGCAGCAGCUUUCCAGAAAGACGCGGCUGGUGUGCAGCUAGCAGUUGAGUACGUCGUCAGCCGGGCGAGCCAUGGAGAAGAAGACGGUGGUGCUGUACCCGGGCGUCGGCGUCGGCCACCUCGCGCCGAUGCUCGAGCUGGCCAAGGCGUUCCUCCGCCACGGCGGGGACCAGGUCGACGUCGCCAUCGCGGUCUUCGAGCCGCCCGUCUACGCCAACGGCUUCGCCGCCACGGUCGCGCGCGCCAAGGCCUCCAACACCUCCGUCGCCUUGCACGUGCUUCCCCCGCCGCCGCCGCCGGCCUCCGACGGCGGCGACGACGCCGAUCCUGAUGUACCCUUGGCCCGGAUGCUCCGCUUCCUCCGCGCCACGAACGCGCCGCUCCGCGACUUCCUCCGCGCGCUGUCGUCGUCGCGCCGCGUCCAGGCGAUCGUGCUCGACAUGUUCUGCGCCGACGCGCUCGACGUCGCGGCCGAGCUCGGCCUGCCCGCCUACUUCUUCUUCCCCUCGGGCACCGCCGGCCUCGCCUGCUUCCUCGGCCUCCCCGCCAUGCGCGCCAGCGUGGGCACCAGCUUCGCGGCGCUCGGGGACUCCGCCGUCCUGUCGUUCCCGGGCGUUCCUCCGUUCACGGUCGCGGACCUGGCGCAGGGGCUGGCGGACGACGGCGAGGCGUGCAAGGGCAUCAUCGGCGUGGCUGCCCGGAUGCCGGAAGCCCGCGGCAUCCUCAUCAACUCCUUCGAGUCGCUGGAGCCGCGCGCGAUGCGGGCGCUCAGGGACGGGCUGUGCGUGCCGGACCGCCCCACGCCGCCGGUCUACUGCGUCGGGCCGGUGGUCUCGCCCGGCGGCGACAAAGACCACGACUGCGACUGCCUCCGCUGGCUGGACGCGCAGCCGGACCGCAGCGUCGUGUUCCUCUGCUUCGGGAGCAUGGGCGCGUUCCCCAAGAAGCAGCUGGAGGAGAUCGCCGUCGGUCUGGAGAGGUCCGGGCAGAGGUUUCUCUGGGUCGUGCGAGGCCCUCCCGGCGCCGCCGCCGACGACGACGACGUCGGCGCGCUCCUCCCGGCCGGGUUCCAGGAGCGCACCGAGGACAGGGGGUUCGUCGUCAAGAACUGGGCGCCGCAGGUGGACGUGCUGCGCCACAGAGCGGCCGGCGCAUUCGUGACGCACUGCGGGUGGAACUCGACGCUGGAGGGCGUCGCGGCGGGGCUGCCGCUGCUGUGCUGGCCGCUGUACGCGGAGCAGAAGAUGAACAAGGUGCGCAUCGUGGAGGAGAUGAAGCUAGGGGUGGAGAUGAGGAGGAGGGACGACGACGACGUGGUGACGGCUGAAGAGGUGGAGGCGAAGGUGAGGUGGGUGAUGGAGGACUCCGACGGCGCGCGGGCGCUCCGGGAGCGCGCGGCGGCGGCGAGGGACAGCGCGGCCGAGGCGCUCGCGGAAGGGGGGCCGUCGUGUGCAGCUUUCCUCGAGUUCCUCGAAGACCUGUUGGCUUCGGAAGGCAUGGUUAAUGUUUGAAUUUAGGAGUAUAAUUACUUUUUAAAAAACUCCUUCAGAGUGCUACAUUGUGUUGAUCAUUUGGAUUUGGAGAUAUGUACUGCAGCUAUAGUUGAGUCUGUUCGCUUGUCUGAAAAAUCAUAGAUAAAAAUAUUAUUCGUUGAUUAUGAGAUGUGAGCCUUAUUGAUGUAUCAUGAUUCAAGAUGGAUGUGACAAAUCAUUUUAGUUUCGUAUUUAGUUUCA